UCCAAAAUAUAAGACAUGUUCUUAGAAAAAGAAGAAAAAAUUAUCAAUCUAGAUCUUAACAUCAUCCACCUCAAAACUCAGGCCAAGAACAAUCCAUAUGUACUUCCAAUCCAAAAACAAACCCACAGAAUGAUGACCCGAAGCCUGAGUCUUGUUCUCAUUGCUUGUCUUUUGAUGACUGCUGUUGACUGUCUGCCUACUGCUACCAUCUCUCGGCAAGAAAGGGGAUUUCGCAAUGCUGCUCUCUCGACCGCAAGAGGAUUUGGAAAACGAACAUUCAGAGAUUUUGAGAACAUGGGCGUUCUUAGCAGGUCGAUUUCUUUGGAAUGGUUCGCUGAUCAGUUGACUAAAAAUCCAACUCUGGCUAAACUGGUGGCAGAAAAAACUAUGGAUUUAAACGGUGAUGGAUUUAUUUCCCAAGACGAGCUCUAUCAAGUACUCUGAUGAUGUCUCGCUGAACUAUGGCUGAUAUUUACGUGUUAUAUUACAUCGGUAAUUACAGCUUAUUAAAUAACUCACCCGUGUUCGUUUAUUAACUAAAAUAAUAUGAUUUCGUUCAUCUCCUUGACGAAAUUAACAAAAAUAAUAAUUAUGUACAUAAAUACCUUACUUUGAUAUCCCUCUAGAAUUCUACCCCACUUGAUUUGAUAAGUUGCGUUAUGUUCAUAUUAAAGAUCGUGUUAAUUUAGAGCUGUA